AAGUGUGUUAAAACGUCACAACAACCCUCCUAUCCCGGAAGUUUGGUUUUGUGCAGGAAGUGCAUCCGGUUUCGUUUCAAUAUGUCUAAAAUCAAAACAGUAAUUUGGCCUAAAGUGAUUUUUUUUGGGGACUCCAUCACACAGGGUUCAUUUCAACCAAAUGGUUGGGGUGCAGACAUUGCCAACAAGCUAGCGAGGAAGUGUGAUGUUUUAAACAGAGGGCUGUCUGGCUACAACUCCAGGUGGGGGAAGAUACUCUUUCCUCGCCUCUUCAGCAGCACAAACUCUGCAGAGGACAACAUAGCUGCUGUCACAGUCUUCUUUGGAGCCAACGACUGUGCACUGCAAGAUAAAAACCCACAACAGCACGUCCCUCUGCAGGAGUAUUCAGACAACCUGAAGGAGAUCACCAAGCUUCUGGCUUCAGUCGGAGUGUCAGCAGACAGAGUCAUCCUCAUCACCCCUCCUCCCCUUAAUGAGUCAGCGUGGGAGAAGGAGUGCAUUGUGAAAGGAUGUCCACUCAAUCGCCAUAACUCUGUAGCGGGACAGUAUGCACAGGCGUGUGUCCAGGCUGCCAGUCAGUGUGGUGUAGACGUCCUGGACCUCUGGACACUCAUGCAGAAAGAUGGACAGGACUACACCGUCUAUCUGUCCGACGGGCUGCAUCUGUCCCAGGAGGGGAACCAGUUUGUGGCUCAGCACCUGUGGGAGCUGCUGGAGAGACGCGUGGCCGACCUGCCCUUCCUAUUGCCAUACUGGGGGGACGUGGACACAAAGAGCCCCGAGAGCAGCCUGCUCUGUGACCUGUGAGGACGAGGAUCUAAAAUAUCAUAGACGGAUAAUCUGAGGAGGACUAAUCUUUCACCGGCACACUGUUCUCGCACUUGUUGAUGAUUGCAGAGUAACCAGAGAGCCUGACACAGGACUGCAUUCCUGCUUUUAAACAACAAAGCAGCUUUGAUCCGUUUUUUUUCUUCUUUUAAAUGUGAUGAAUGUUUGAAAUGCACAAUAAAGAUUUUUUUUAUUUUGA